CGGCGACAGUAAUGCCUCCAGCGAGGUGGUCAACGAGGACGAUUCUUUCUACGUUAACAUGACCACCGAAGACCUGCUGCAGCCCGGUCACGUCGUCAAAGAAAGAUGGAAAGUGGUAAAAAAAAUUGGAGGUGGUGGAUUUGGGGAAAUCUACGAAGGCCUCGAUCUGGUGACGAAGGAGCUGGUGGCGCUCAAACUCGAAUCGGCCAAGCAGGCCAAACAGGUGCUCAAGAUGGAAGUGGCCGUGCUCAAGAAACUCCAAGGUAAAGAGCACGUGUGCCGCUUCAUCGGUUGCGGGCGCAACGACCGCUUCAACUACGUGGUAAUGCAGCUGCAGGGUAAGAACCUGGCCGAACUGCGCAGGAGUCAACCGCGCGGAGCCUACAGCCUCAGCACCACACUCCGCCUCGGGCUGCAGAUCCUCAAGGCCAUCGAGAGCAUACACGAGGUCGGGUUUCUGCACAGGGACAUCAAACCGUCGAACUUCUCCAUGGGCCGGCUCUCGCACAACUGCCGCAUGGUGUACAUGCUGGACUUCGGCCUGGCCCGGCAGUACGUGACGGCCACCGGGGAAGUGAGGCCCCCCAGGGCGGCGGCCGGAUUCCGGGGCACCGUCCGGUACGCCUCCAUCAACGCGCACAGGAACAAGGAGAUGGGACGCCACGACGAUUUGUGGUCGUUGUUCUACAUGUUGGUGGAGUUCGUGAAUGGGCAGCUGCCGUGGAGGAAGAUCAAAGACAAGGAACAAGUGGGCAUCAUGAAGGAGAAGUACGACCACCGCCUGCUGCUGAAGCACCUGCCUUCGGAUUUCCGGCAGUUCCUGGACCACGUCCUGACGCUGGACUACUUCGACCGGCCGGACUACCCGAUGCUGUGCGGCCUCUUCGAGCGCUGCAUGAAGCGGAGGGGCAUCCGGGAGACGGACCCCUACGACUGGGAGAAGCACUUCACGGACAACUCGGUCACCACCACCGUCACCACCAGUCCGGCCGUCAUCUCAAAACCACCACUGGCGGGAACCGCUCCUCCUGGCACUCACGGUACGGAGAACCUUUUGGACGACAACAUCAUGGCAAGCUUCGAGGAUCAUGGCGAGAACUACCGGAUGGAAGAAAUAGGCGGGAAAAGGGACACUUCCAAGGAGAAUUUGGCUAGGGGCGGGGCUUACCCGGCUGAAGACAACGCCCACCCGAGUCCCAGACCGCUCAACGAGGCCAAUAACAACAACUACUAUGCCAAUAAUAAUGCAGCUCUAAAACAAGAAGAGGUGGCUCCAUCAGACACUAAACUCGAGAAAAUGGAAGUCGAGGAAGAGGAGGAUCCCAAAGACACGCAGCAGCAAGUGAACGGGGCGGAGCCUCCAGAGGAGUCCCUCCCACCAACGGGCGGGGCUGGCACGCCCGAUGUCGAUCGGGGUCGGCCCCAUCUAUUCCGGGAGGAGUCUCAGCAACGGGGCGCAAGCCCCAGACCGAGGGAAGGCGGCGAUGGCAGCAGUAGGGAGGUUUCCUACAGGCACGGGGCGGACAGCGCGGGCGGUGGGGCGGGAAGGCAACAGCCCCUGUCCGUGCUGUCUGCCACCGAAUCCAAACUGCUGAGGGAGCCUCGGGAACAUCGGCACCGCAGGUACCACUCGGGUUACAAGUCAAGAUAUUCCAGGGAUAUCUCCAUCACCCAAAUGGCACUGGCAGAAGACGAUAACAUAUCCGCUCUGCAACAGGUGACGAAAGGAGGUUGUGCAGCCGUAACCUUAGCUUCCAAGUGGCAGGUGUCCUUCGAUGAUAGUGAAGAGACAGACAACGAAGUUGAAGUGAAGGACAACCUGACCUCCCCAGAACACCGCCCCACCAUGACACAAGAAUCUCCUUCGAAAAGCCCAUCCUUGUGGGGCGGAGAACCUCUGAAUCAAGUGAGGGUGGGAAAGAAAGCCGCCCUGGAGCAACGACUCGUGGACACGGCCUCCCUGCGCAACAAGAUAUUCUGGCGCGCCAGGAAACAGAAGUGCAUCAGGAGGGUGAUCUCGCAGCCGAUCCGGGUGACGGGCGACCGCAUCGCGCCCCUCAUCGAGAUCGAAGAGGACGGUAGGCGGGGCCGAUACUCAGACGACAUCAUCCGGUCGUGGAGCUGCCCGGAACUGUACGCCUCACACUCCCUGCCAGGCUCACCCAUGAAACACAGCGCCUCCGAGACGAACCUGCAGGAGAUGCUACGCAGCAGCAGCAGCGGGGAUCGUCUGCGGGAGGAGAGGAGGGGGGUCGGGGGCCCGUCGAGGCGCCACUCGGCCGAGAUCCAUUCCAGCAACGCGGACAACAUGAAGGAUUCGAUCGAGUGCAAGAGAUGGUCCGUGGGUUCGACGUACGAGAAGAUCACCAAGAGGCUGCCGGAGAAGGAGGAGGAGAGCGCGCACCACAACGACGGCAUCAAGUCUGCCCCCAUCCCCUCGAGCGUCAGGCCGAAGGGCAUCCUCAGGAAAUCCGGAUCCGACCAGCCGCUGUCCCAGCAGCAGCAGCAACAGCCGGAUAGCAGCAGCGGGCACAAGGUCUUCAGCAAUAAGCUCAUCGUGACCACCAUCGAGUGGGAGUCCAACGAGAAGGUGGGAAACGUAGUCAAGCACGAGGUGGAGAGUCCGACGCUGGAACGACAGACGCCCACGACGCCGGUUGCUGAGCUAGGCAGGCUGCAGUUGCAACAGCACCCCGAGGAGCCGCCCUCCGUUUACUUCGACGCCCCCCAGCAGCCUCCCAACCAGGAGGACUCGCAGGGGAACGGCGGCGAGGAGGAGGAGUUCGACACCCCGCCCAAAGACGACAACAUAUCAUCGGAGGCCCGGUACGACGACGCCCCGCAGCAGCUGCGUCGCCGCUCCCCGACGCCCCCCAGCGCACCCGCGCCCCGCACGGGCAUCAUCAAGUACUCCUCGGCCAUCCGCCGGAAACUCAAGGACGUGGACUUCCACGUGGCCGAGUCCGUCAUCGAGGAGGACAGAGAGGGCGGGUCGGCGUCCGACUGCGGGGGCGUGUCCCCGCGACGGCAGGACUCCGUGACGCAGACGCAGCCCCUGCGAAGGACCACCCACCGCUCCUCCCUCGGGAGCGAGGACAUGGUCCGCUCGACCAUCCCCUCGCACAUCAUGGACACGGGCCGCGAGCCCACGCCAGAGACGGACUCGGAGAGCUGGCGCAGGUCCUCCGAGGAAGCACGACACCCCUACCCGCUCAGCAAAUCCUACUCCACCCCCAACGGCUCCGUCGCACGGCGUAGGCCGCGCUCCAUGAUAGAGGGAGGCGGUCGGCUGGCCGCCUACCCCCAAGUCAACAACAACCACGCCCCCAAGUACGAGUUCGUGUCGAGGAGCGGCGUCCAGAAGUCGGCGACCACGCCCAUCUACGCCACCACGGUUCCUCGAGUGGGCGGAGUCAAGCAGCGGACGCCGCCCGACGGGGGCGUUCCCAGCUCCAGGAGCGCAUCCAGCUCGCGAGAGGAGUCCGCGGACUGCGCGCCGGACAACGUGCCCCGCCUCCCCCUCACCACCCAGAAGCGCAGCGACUUCUUCACGCGCAGCAUCAGCUGGGACGCCAAGCUGCGCAAGGAGCGCUCGCCCAACGCCCGGAAGAACGCCUCGCAGGAUGCGCGCGCCGAUCCGGGCCGGCACUCGCGGAGCAGGCGGCACCGGGCGGGGCUUUCGGGCGAGUCCCGGAUCCCCCGGCCCAAGGCGCAGAGGCCCAAGUCCACCGCCGAGGUGAUGGAGGAGUAUCAGCAGCAGCUGGACUGUGGCCACCAGCAGCGCCCGGUGAGUGCGCGCGUCCUCUCGCCCGUGUCCUCGUCCCUGCCUGCCCUGCAGAACGACCUGAAGGCGCACCCUGCCGAGUUUCACAGGAACUGCAAGAGUGAAGUGCUCAUUCCGAGGUUCAAGCAGGACGGUGGUAACGCCUACGCUCAACCUAGGCGGCGGCGCUACCGUCCACUCACUCCCAAGGACUUGCCAAUGACCGGAAGUGAAUCCUCCUGAGAACGGACACCUCUGCCCCCCGGUGGACAACCCAGCCGAAAGGAAAUCUCUCCGGUUUUGUUUUCGCAAGAUCUAGUCACUUUCUAGGCAGUUUAGGUGAAAACGAACUGACGAUAUUCAAAUGCGCAUCACUUCCAAAACAAGGACCGAGUGACGUUCGCCA